AUAAUCGAUGGUCUAAUAUUUCGUAAAGAAUAUGAUCUAUCACGAUUGAAAGAAAAAGAUUUUCCAUUAGAAUUUUUUCAAAUUGGUUUUGCCCAUUAUAAUGGUAAAAAAGAUUUGGAUGGCAAUGAUUUAUUGUUUAUUCGGGCAAAUUGUCAUAAAAAAAUUCAAUUAAUUAAAAAAUUAACAUACCAAUUUUAUAUAUUUCAAAUGGAACAAGUAGCUAAUCAAAGCCGUGGUAAUGGUAUAACAAUAGUUAUUGAUCUAAAUAAUUUUGGUUUUGCUAAUAUUGAUUUGGAUUUACUAUUUUGGACUGCAAAAUUAUAUAAUAGAUAUUGUCCAAUAUCAUUGAAACAUAUCAUAUUAUAUAAUAUGCCGAGAUUUGUAAGACCAUUAUAUAAUAGAUUUAAAAGUUUAUUACCAACAGAAUUUCAACAACGUUUAAAAUUUUGUAAUGAUGAUGAAAUAUUUGAAUAUAUUGAACGAAAAAAUUUACCAAUCUAUCCUGGCGGUACUUUUCAUCAUUAUGAUACCAAUGAUAAUGAACAAAAUAAUUUAUACGAUAAAUGA